GAUUCCCGAAAUAGCAUGACUGAUACCUUACUUGGAAGUAUGACCCGAUGCAAGGACAUUUCUGAAUGUAGAAGCCAAUCUCUUUUUCCUUCUACAUUCCGUAAUAACAUACUCAUAUAUUUGCAGUAUUUAUGGAGCUUAGGGUUGGUGGUCGUUUUCGACUUGGUCGCAAAAUUGGCAGCGGUUCAUUUGGUGACAUCUAUUUGGGCCAGAAUAUCGUAACACAGGAAGAGGUAGCAAUCAAGUUGGAAUGUGUGAAAACCAAGCAUCCACAGUUACACAUCGAAGCUAGAUUAUAUAAACUGAUGAGUGGAGGAAUAGGUAUUCCCCAAGUGAAAUGGUGUGGUUACGAAGGUGAAUACAAUGUUAUGGUUAUGGAGCUACUGGGACCAUCUUUGGAAGAUUUAUUUAAUUUUUGCUCACGAAAAUUUACUCUAAAGACUGUAUUACUGUUAGCUGAUCAAAUGCUAUCCCGCAUCGAAUAUAUCCAUUCGAGAGAUUUUAUUCAUCGCGAUAUCAAACCUGACAAUUUUUUGAUGGGAUUAGGCAAGAAAGGCAAUUUAGUUUAUAUUAUUGAUUUUGGACUUGCGAAGAAAUAUCGCUGUAGUAGGACACAUGCUCAUAUUCCGUAUAGAGAAAAUAAGAACCUUACUGGAACGGCAAGAUAUGCAUCUGUUAACACUCAUCUUGGAAUAGAACAGAGUCGAAGGGAUGAUAUUGAAUCACUCGGGUAUGUACUUAUGUAUUUCAAUCGUGGUACCUUGCCCUGGCAAGGUUUGAAAGCAGCAACAAAACGACAGAAAUAUGAUAAAAUCUCGGAGAAAAAAAUGAGCACACCUGUUGAAGAACUUUGUGCCGGAUAUCCAGAAGCUUUUGCUGCUUAUCUGAAGUAUUGCAAAUGUCUGGGCUUCGAAGAGCAACCGGAUUAUUCGCAUUUACGUCAACUUUUCCGAAAUUUAUUCCAUCGACAGGGUUUCACCUAUGAUUAUGUUUUCGACUGGAAUUUGCUCAAAACUGCCAAACGUAUGCAGCCUUCGCAGGGGCAGCAGAUAGCGCAGCAAAGAAUGACUAUUGAGUAGUAAAGAGUAAGUCACGGGUCAGUUUUGGGUGUGCCAGCAAACAGUUACUGAUGUAUAAAGCAAAAAACAAAAAUCUAUUGUGUACAGAAGUAUUCAUGGCUUGCAAAUAACCUCGUCGUCAAGUUACUAGUUUACUGAUCAUCGUUCAGCAUACUUCGUCAUGAUUAUGUUACUUUACAGUGGGCACAGCAAAUCAGAUGUUUUUUUUU